CUCCAAACUAAAGAAAUUCAACAACCGGCUGGAGUAACUAUGACUUAUGAGAUUCCAACUGUACCUACGAUCCUACGAUCCUACAAUCAAAAUAGCGAAAAUCCGAGAAAGAUGGUGAAUAUGAUUUCAUACUUUUAUGAUUCAAUGACGGAUUAG